AUCUUCUCGACUUUUCCCCAUCGUAAAAGCUCUGCUCCUCUCUUCGUUUCCGUUUUUGGCACUCUUACAAUAUACCUUCAUCAUGACGUUGGAGAGCUACGCCGGCGAUGUUCACACCGUACCACAGUCGGAGAACUCGACGGAGGAUAGAGGCGGCGGUGGCGAGCUUUUCGUGCCACCUCUCAACUUCGCUAUGGUCGAUAAUGGAAUUUUCCGUUCUGGUUUCCCUGAACCCGUCAGUUUCAGCUUUCUCCAGUCUCUUCGACUCCGAUCCAUCAUAUAUUUGUGCCCUGAGGCAUACCCAGAGGUGAACAUAGAAUUCGCAAAAUCAAAUGGGAUCCAAGUCUUUCAAUUUGGUAUUGAAAGAUGCAAGGAACCCUUUGUUAAUAUCCCUGACGAGGUAAUCCGAGAAGCAUUACAAGUACUUCUAGAUACUAAGAAUCAUCCUGUGUUAAUUCAUUGCAAAAGUGGCAAGCAUCGGACAGGGUGUCUAGUAGGUUGUGUGAGGAAGAUUCAGAGAUGGUGUUUGUCUUCCAUCUUCGAUGAGUACCAGAGAUUCGCAGCUGCCAAAGCUAGAAUCUCAGACCAGAGGUUCAUGGAGCUCUUUGACAUCUCCAAUCUAAAGCAUUCACCACUCUCCUUCUCUUGUUCCAAGAGGCAUGCAUACUCAUACUGAUUACUAACAACUUUAUGUGUCCGAAUCCCAUUAAAAAGAAUUAAGUAGUAGUAGUUCUUUUUAGUAGUUAGACUUUGCAUCAUUCAAUAAAAUACAUAAUAAAACCGCCAAAUUAAACAUAUAAAUAUUAUACGGGUUUUCUCCUUUUCAAUGCUACCAUAUAGAACAAGUUUGUCAUAAAUUUUUGUAUUCAGCUUAAAAAUUCGAACCUUUUUAUUUA